AUGACUUCGAAAACAGUAAGAACGGAGCAUGACUACACGGCAGAAUUGACUGAUAACGGAAUAACUUGGGAUGAAGAUGUGACAGUUGAACUUAAAACUACAGUUGUAGACUAUGAAAGUUGUGAGAGCAUUGACAAGAAGCCUGUUCCCAUCGAUAAAAUGUACUUAGUAUACGCCAUAAUUAUGCUCAAUGGAGUAGGAGUUCUUCUGCCAUGGAAUAUGUUUAUCACCAUUGCACCAGAAUACUAUGAAGAGUAUUGGUUCACAUAUAAUGGCACAGAAUCAAAAUAUGGAAAACAGUUUAUGACAGAUUUAGGAAUCAUUUCACAAAUUCCAAACUUUCUCUUGGCUGUCCUCAGUGUGGCUUCUGUCAUAAAAGGUGCUCUGUUUAUCAAGAUAGGAGUUUCAUUAGGGUUUAAUUGCUUACUGAUUGGUGUAAUUUUGAUCUUCGCGAUCGUCAAAACUCCAGAUGAAAAAGACCAAGGAUGGUUUUUUGCUGUGAAUCUGGCUAUAGUACUUCUGAUGAAUGCGUCCAACGGCUUUUAUCAAAAUUCCAUGUUUGGUUUAGCUGCUGAUUUUCCUUUUGCUUAUACAAAUGCUGUGAUAGUUGGAAGUAAUUUAUGUGGAACGUUCACCAGUGUUAUGUCUAUUCUCAGUACUCUAAUUUUCAAAACAGCCUAUCAGAAGGUAGCCAUAGUAUACUUUUCCAUUUCUCUAUUAGUUCUGAUAUUAUGUGGAUUUUCUAUUAUUGUAAUGACUCGAACGGAAUUCUACAAGUACUAUGCGGAACUGGGAGCAGCACAACGCAGCUCCACAAAUGCUGAAAGACCAUCAUUGAAGCAAUUUUGGGAAGCCUUCAAGCAUUGCUGGAUCCAAUAUUUGAAUGUGUUCUUAGUUUACUUCGUUACAUUAUCUAUUUUCCCAACCGUAUUAGUUGGAUCCUUCUCAGGUGACACCAAAGAUGUGGUGAUUGGACUUGCAGUCUUCUUGAACUUUAACUUAUUCGCCUUCUUCGGGUCCACAGCUGCUAAUUUUAUCCAAAUUCCAAGUUCUAAGUUCUUAUUCAUUCCCGUAUUUCUUCGCGUACUCUUUAUUCCAUUUUUCACACUCUGUGCUUAUGAUAGCUUUGGAUCUCCAGACCAACGUGUAAUGCCCAUAGCGUUCAACGGAUCAGUUUGGAUUAUAAUAGGAAAUUGCAUUAUGGCAAUCACUUCUGGUUACUUCAGUUCAUUGGGAAUGAUGUAUGCACCAUCAAUAGCCCCAGAUCACUUGAAGAAGGUUGCUGGCCAAUGCGCAGGUUUAGCUUUAGUCGGAGGUAUAAUGGCAGGCGUAGCUUUCACACCAGUUAUAACAAGCAUGGUUGAACAUAUUCAUUGA